AUGGAGCUCCCAACGGUUGAGAAAAUGAACCUGCAAGCAAGUCCAUCCGAGAUCGAGGAAUGGGUCAAACGGUUCGAGCUGUGGUGCAGCAUUCGCAAAGGUGAUAUACAGAACCAGUCAGCCCUAUUUCUUACUGCUGGCGGCCGUGACCUGUAUUCCCUGUUGAGAAACCUGGCGUUCCCUGAAGCUCCACCCAAACUACCAUGCAAGUCCCUGAAAUCGCUGCUGCUCAACCACCUGCUGCCCACUGUAUUCCAAGCACAUGAAAGGGCCAAAUUCAACUCCAUGAUUCGUGCUGAUCAUGUUUCCUGCCGUGAAUUCAUCCUACAGCUGAACAGACAAGCAUCACGUUGCAACUAUGGUGAUCACCUGGAAGAACAAAUGUGUGACCACUUGGUGCCAGACAUCGAUAAUCUGACUUUUCAGUGA